AUGUCGAUGUUCGUUUUCGAAGUCCCACUGUACAAGCAUUGUCGUCAUCCUGGUCCCUCCAUCCUCAAUGCUAUGAGCGCCGAGAUGUUGGCGCCUUAUACUUGGGACUCUGAGGCUCCGCCAUCUUCCUAUUGCUGGACAGCUGUGGUUGCCCAGAGGAAUGAAGUUCUUGGGCUCGCUGUGGCUGACCUUUGCUCCCUGGUGACCAUGCUAUGGAUAAGCAUCUGUAUGAACCCUCUCCUCUACUUUUCUGAGUUGCCUUUUCAUCUCGGGGAUAUCGUGCAUCUCACGGGAUCUACGCCACACGUGCUCUCUGUGAAAAUCAGCUCUUUUAUCACGGCCUUCAUCACCUUCGAAAGGUGUCUGUGUAUCACUGUCCCUCUGAAGGUGAAGACAAUCAUCACACCGGGAAGGACAAAGAUAAUCAUUGUCUCCAUCUACCUUAUUGUGUUCAUUUUGUUUAUCCCCUUCUACUUUGGCCACAGAUUUGAGUGGGUUUUCGAUUUCACCAGGAAUGCCACUAUACUAAGAUCUACCUACACGGCUGACAGAGAAAUGCUAGAAGCCAUUACGUUUCUCGCCCUAGGCGUAUUUGCUACGACAUUUUCCUUCGUCUUCGUCAUCUGCUGCACCAUAGUUCUUGUCGUCAAACUCAACAGUAAAACAAAAUGGCGACAGGCCACUGUAGCCAAGUCUGAUCGUGCAGCGGAUGGAGUUGGGGUCAAAGACCGAAAAGUUGUGAAAAUGGUGACCUUGAUCGCUGUCAUUUUCAUCGUCUGCGCCGUACCUCCCACGCUUCUGUUUUUCUAUAUGGCGAUUGACCCAAGUUUCCGUUUUAAUAGCGUCUAUAAAAAUCUCUAUCUUAUCUUUUGGACUUCAUCAUUUCUGACAGAAACUGUCAACUCUAGCGUGAAUAUAUUUGUGUAUCUGAAAAUGAGUUCGAAAUAUCGAGCAGUGUUUAUGAAAACUUUUUGGAACAAGGAGGAAAAAUAA